AGUCGCUGUUUUCGAGUUUAUUGCCAAGUCUGCCUUGGCCCGGUGCGCAACGGUUUCGGUAGUUGGUAGUUGCUACUUGGUACUUUCGCAGCUAAAGUUUUCCCGCUUGUGACUGAAAAGAAAAAUGCUUGACAUUUAGUUAGAGGAAAAGUGAAGAAAACUACGACAGAGAUAGAGAUCGAAUUAAAUACAAUUUCUGUGUGUGUGUGUGGUGCCCAAACUGUGAUCAAUCAUAUCAUUGCCGAUUAAAGUACUUUUGCCGAACCCCAUGGAUAUCAAAGCCUCGACGCCGCCCGCCCUUGAAGUGGCUCCUGGCCAGCCAGGAUCGCCAGCGGGGAAGCCAGGGGCUAUCUCGGGUGGAACUCCUGGUCCCGGUGGUGGAGUGACCAACUCCGCCGUGGCCAGCAACAACACCGCCGCCACAUUCCAGCACAUCUUCGAGCAGCUCGUCCAGCAGGGCGGCGGCAACCACAAGCUGCCGCCCAAGCAACUGGAGCACCUGCGCCACCUGCUCGGCAAUGUGAGGGACGCCAAGAACCUGCAGAUGAUCGUGGAGAAGUUCAAGAACCUGGAGCAGUUCCACGAGCACUACGCCGCCCACCUGGCCAACAACAACACUGUGAUCUCGGAAGAUAGCAACGACUUGCUAAAGGAUAAUGCCAGGAAGUUCGGAUCGGGCGGACAGACCCUAACGCCGCGCCACACAAUCGAUGCCAUUCUGGGCCUGAAGAAUCGCAAUGGCACUGGGAAUGGCCGAAAUGCAGAGGCGGUCAGCGAUGGAGUCAUUGACCCCUCCCUGGGCGACGAGGAUGCCACGGAUCUGCGCUGCGGCAUGACCCUGACGCAGCUGCGCAGCAUGGACAAUCACAUGGCCAGCAUGCUGCAGCAGCACGCCAAGAACGGCGGUGGCCUGCCCUACGGCCCCCCCACCCCACCGGGGGGUCAGCAGCCCCCAGUGCCGAAUGCGACGCCUCUGCACCAUGGCCAGCAGAUGGGUGGUCAGCCAGGACAUCCGACGCAUUCCAGCCACCCGCCGCACCAUGGACAUGCGCCCUUCGGCUAUCACAAUGCCUUCGGAUUUGGCCAGGGCCAUGGGUAUGGGCACCAGGAGGAGGCGGCGGGCAAUUACCUCAACUCGAUGCACCAAAUGGUCGAGGCCAAUCAAUUGCAGCCCGGAGCCUCGGGUGCAGCUCCUCCGAGCGGCCCACUGCCGCCCAGUUCCUUUGGCAGUCAUCAGCAGCAUUUGGCCGCCUUGGCUGCCCAGGCGCAGGAGCAGCAGAGUCAGCAGAAUCAGCAUGGCAAAUACGCCAAGUCAUCGCCCACUGGAGCGGGUCCUCCCCAUCCACCGCCUCCCUCAUCGGGUGCCUACUUCAUGGAAUCCCAGACGGCGCCUGUUGCCCCAUCACAGAUUGGCUACGACGAGCGUUCAAUGUCCUCCACCAGCGAUCUGGAGGAGGACGACGAUGACGCGGCAAAGAUGCAACUGGACGUGACCUCGCCGCCCACUCCGGCGCCACGUGGUCCGCUGGCCGCCAAGCGCAAGUCCGCCGGCGUCUUCUGUGAUGAUAAUGAGCCGAAAUUAGCCAACGGUCAGAUGGGGGGCAAUUACGGCAUUCGGGCACGCAGCCUGGAGGAGGUGCAUCAUCAGCAGCAGCAGCAGCAGUCGCAUCACCAGCAGCAACAGCAAUUGCAACAACAGCAGCAACAGGGCUUUCAGCACGACUUUCGCAACAACAGCAAUGGCAACAAUCCCAGCGGCAACAGCAACUCCGGCGAUCAUGGAGAGCGUUUGAACGCGGACAGCGACAGCUUGGUCAACGGCAGCUGCGCCUCCAGCGAGGAUCUCAACCAGACCAACAGCAGCGAGCAGGGCGAGAAGAUCACUUCCGGCAGCGACGAUGAGGGCCAAGACGAUAACUGCGCCAAGAAGAAGCAUAGGCGCAACCGCACCACCUUCACCACCUACCAGCUCCACGAGCUGGAGAGGGCCUUUGAGAAGUCGCACUACCCCGACGUCUAUUCCCGCGAGGAGCUGGCCAUGAAGGUGAACCUGCCGGAGGUCCGCGUCCAGGUGUGGUUCCAGAAUCGUCGAGCCAAAUGGCGUCGCCAGGAGAAGUCGGAGAGUCUUCGCCUGGGCCUCACCCACUUUACCCAGCUGCCCCACCGGUUGGGAUGCGGUGCCUCCGGACUGCCGGUGGAUCCCUGGCUGUCGCCACCACUGCUGAGUGCCCUGCCAGGCUUUCUGUCGCAUCCGCAGACGGUGUACCCCAGCUAUCUGACGCCCCCGCUGAGCCUGGCGCCCGGCAACCUGACCAUGAGCAGCCUGGCGGCCAUGGGUCACCACCACGCCCACAACGGGCCGCCGCCCCCGCACGUGGGUCACGGGGGACAUGGUCAGCCGCAGCCACCGCCACCGCCGCCGCCGCACGGAGUGCCCCACCCGCACGCCGGCCACCAUGUGGUGCCCCUCUCUCACCUCUCGCCGCACCUGUCACGCAUGUCGCCGCAUGCUACGUCCUUGGGCUCUCCGCACCACGGCGUGAACCCCCUCGGCACGCCCCUGCACAGCAGCCUGCCGCCCAGUUCCACAUCGACGACCAUGGCCGUCGCCGCCGUAGUUUCAUCCUCGCAGUCGUCCUCCUCUUCCGCCUCACUCGAGUGCAGCGGUCCGGAUGUCUGCAUGUCGCCCCAGAACCUCAGCAUUGGGAAUGCCGAUUCGAAUGGCGAUGGACGCGACCUUAGCAGCGACCUCGAUGGCGGAAGUACCAGCAGUAAUCCGGGCAGCAGCCUGGACAAGUGCGCAGCCAGCGCCAAUAUCGAGCUGCUGGACGUGGGUCGGGAUAGCCCACCACCUCCGCCCACUUCGGGGGGCAAGAGCUCCUCCGCCACGCCACCGGCUGACAUGCGGAGCAACUCCAUCGCCACCCUGAGGAUCAAGGCCAAGGAGCAUCUGGACAAUCUGAACAAGGGCAUGGUCUCCAUUGUCUAGCCCCAGACGGUUCCUAACUAACAUCGGCUCCAAUCAAAAACCAUUUCCAUUCCCACUCCCAUUCCCAUGGCCCCCAUAUCAUCUUCUAGGUGUGUUUUAAGUUUAGUGAAUUUCGUGUUGUAAGGACUUAUUUCGGAAGCAGUUUCUUAUAUGGUUAACUUAACAUGUGCAAAGUGUAUUUGUAAAAUUUCAA